AUGUCCAGUGCCACUCCGUAUGAUAAUGAAGCACUGGUGAUUUUCCAGCCCAAUUCAUCCAUGUGGGACGUACGGCUGCUGACCCAUCAUAUCUUAAUAAUAGGUUCUUGGGGUAAAAACAGCUUCGAACAAAGUGGCUCUAACCAGAGGCCUCUGUACUGGGACCAUAUUUCGGAAAUCGAUGAAGAUGAUGAUCGUCAUUUGUAUCAUCGAGAAAAACGUUUGAAAGUUCAACCAGCACAAGAUCCACGAACUCUGGAUUUGUUACAGAAUUUUCAACUAGAUCGCGCCCCGCCGACUAUAGCUUCGAGUUCAAGUCACCAUUCUCCAGCUGUAUCGAGGUUAGAAAUACCGAUAUCACAUUCUUCAUCAGACGGCGCUCGCCAGUCAAUCGAAAGAGUCGAAGGAAACGCACCACAGAUCUUUCAUCAAGCAAAUCCUAUCGAUUCAAUUGAGGGUUUGAACAAGGACACCCAUGCUGAAAGUUCCGGAAGGUCACAAGAAAGACAACAUGAGGCAAGCAAUCCGGCCGAAGCAAGUACAUUUCAAGUGCAAGAAAACGCGAAUUUGAAAAAAGAUUUUAUUAGUCUUCGCGAUAUCCAUCCCAUUACUUCCACCUGGAUAUACAGCGUAAAGCUCGGCGUCACUGAUUCGCUAUACAAGGAAAUAACAGAUACGAACGAAAAAGACAUUUCAAGUUUCAUUAAAUCUCUUGCCUUGAAGUUAAAUCCGUCCAUGAAUGAAAAUCAGCAAGCAGAGCGUUUGAUUGAGGAAUUGACGAGUCCCGAAUCGAGCAACAACCUGAAAGAGUUCGUCCACCUUCUUUGGUGCAUCAACUCAAUGUUCAUCGCGAGUUUUAAGCGAGAAAACGAGCAUUACAUCAGCGAACAACUUUCAGUUCAGGCUUGGCUCCUUAAUCUUGUGGAGGAAAGUGGGAAAAGGGAGAGUGUCUCAAUGCAAGCUCAAGACGCCGAAGAAAGCCUUAUCAACCUCCUUAGGAAAGCCCUUGCUUCAAGGUAUUCAGCUCCUACCUACUCGAUGUAUAAAAAUCUUGAUACCGUCCUACCCAAUGGUGCAGUUUGCCCAAGUCAACUAUUGAUGACAGAAACCGUGAUAAAUAUUCUAGCAUCUUACUACAAAUCGCAAAAUUUGAACAAGUGGAAAUCACUGUUCAAGAAAGACAUGGAAUUUGUAGACGCUCUCAAAAGAAGCAGAGGUUGGAAUCCGCGGCCUUCUCAAAUUAUAACAAAACCUAAAACCGAAAUAGAAAACAAAGAAUCGAUUGAUUUCUUCCCAUGGAACGAAAGGAUUCCUGAUGGAUCGAUGAUUGCCAUACGUAAUCAAAGAACACUCUUCUUCGGUGGACGAGGCAAAUUUGACAUCGAAGGAAGGGUUAUGGCCAUGGAAAGCUUGAGUGGAAAUAACAGUGUCUUGAUGAUUGGGUUUGUACCCAGACACAAGUGGUUAUCAAGCGAAGAGCCUGAAAAACUAUGGGCACUUAUUUCGUCAAUAGAAAGCUACCAUGAAAAUUACGUAGAAGAACACUUGAAGCCCCUGUUGCAUCCGCCGGAUUUUCAACAAAUGGCCACAGAAUUAACAACUUGGAGGUUCGAGAAUCCAGAAAAUCUUAGAAAAUAUCCAGUGAGAUUUGAUUCUGGAUAUAUCCGAAAGAACUUUCAUCGUGAUGUGCAAAGGGUGCUUGGAUUGAUAUGGAAAAUACACUCCAGAUUAGUAGAGAGUUUUGGUUGUGAACUUGCAGGAGAUUUCAUUCUUCAAGAGCAGCAAGCGCUUUCAAAAGAAUUUUAUAGAUUGCUCACUUUAUCGGAUAUUCCUGAAUCAAAUAAGCUCUAUCCACAAACGCCGACAAUAGAAAAAUCAGUAGACCUACAACAAAAGAUAAUUGAAGCAUUAGACUCGGAUGGAGCAAGGGAAAUCUACAAGAUCAAGAAGCGCAAACACAAGAUAACAAGCAAGGAAAUUGCAAUCUCGAAGAUAGCGGUGGAAGUGAUGUCAAUCUAUUACUGGAGAAUCAAUCCAUCCAAGUGGUUACAAAUCUUUCAAGGUGUAGAAGCUUUUGUUUUGAAUUUAGCUCAACUUGCCACACGACUUAUCACCAAACGAUCAUUUGAUACAAUAAAAGAAAAUCAUUAUGAAAAGAUUGGUCAGAUAAAGAUUCUACCCUGGAGAAACUAUUUGAUUGAAGCAGAUGAACGAAGUGCCAAUAUUAAGAGAGCCUUCCAUUUGUAUCGCACAUCCAAAAACAUCUUUGCUAAAGUAGAAUCAAUCCAAGGCAUAUAA